AUGACUGAAGAGCAAAUAAAUAAUCUUAAGAAAGGAGAAACUCUUGAAGUUACUCAACCUGAUGGAACUGUAAUUAUUAUUGAAGGAAAUCCAUGUGUACGAUGUGGAAAAAAUAUUGUUGGUGAAAUUGUUGAAGUAGAUGAAGGUGCAUUCCAUCCAGGCUGUUUUACUUGUGCAGAGUGUGGGUGUAAUUUACUUGAAGAAGAAGAUUAUUGUGAAGAUGAUGGAGAAGUUUUUUGUAGUGAUUGCUAUAAAAACCUUUGUGGACCACGAUGUUAUUAUUGUAAACAACCAAUAGAAGACACAGCAAUUGAAUUUAAUAAUAGGAAAUACCACCCAAAUCAUUUUGGAUGUUUUGUCUGUAAAGCAGCAUUAAAAGGAAAGCCAUAUAAAGAUAUUGGAGGUGAACCUUAUUGUCAAGAAUGUGCUCGUAAAAAGGUUGAACAAGAGAAACGAAAAGAUCUUUGCUUUAAAUGUGGAGAGCCAAUUAUUGGAGAUUAUAUUAUUAUUAAUGGUAUGAAAUGUCAUCCUGAACAUUUCAAAUGUGCAAUUUGUCAAUCUGAAUUUACAGGAGGAAGUUCUAUUGAAUAUCUUGGAAAGAGAUAUUGUCUUGCUUGUUAUAAGAAAGUAUCUGCUUGUAUUUGUGAGAAAUGUAAAAAGCCAAUUGCUGGACGUUCUGUACAAGCAUGUGGAUUUAUGUAUCAUCCAGAAUGUUUGACAUGUACUGAAUGUGACUUACCAUUAACAGGUGUUUCUUUCCUUGAACAUGAUGGUAAACCUUAUUGUAAUUUCCAUUAUUAUAAAUUAUUUGGACAAGUAUGUGAAAAAUGUGGUAAAGUUGUUCAUAGUGGAGAAGGUGUUAUUGUAGGAGAUAAAACAUUCCAUAAAGAAUGUUUUGUUUGUUCACAAUGUAACAAAUUGAUGGAUCCAAAGAAAACUAAAAUAUACGAAAAUAAUCCAAUUUGUGUUUCAUGUUAUAAUAAACUUCCAGGAGAUGUUAGAUAUGCUAUAGAAGAAGAAGAACGUGAGGCAAAAAGACUUGAAGAAAAACGAAAGAAAGAACAAAAGAAACAACAGAAAGAAGAAGCUAAAGCAGCUAAGAAAAAAGAAAAAGAAAUUGAGGCUCAAUUAAAGAAAGCAAAAAAAGCUGAAAAGAAGAAAUAAACAAAAGGGUUUUUAAUU